GUUCAAAGGCUUCUCCUAUUAUUUUAAUCUUUAACUGCAGUUGAACUCCUUCAUCUCGGUUUUAAUUUUCCCUUUAAUUUUUAUUUUUCUUUAUCCUUUUUGGUCUUUGUUGCUAUGCAAUCUCCCCUAGGCACUUUCCUCUGCGACCAGCGUUAUUAGAAGUAUCAUACUAGACUCGCAAUCUGAAGAUGCUUGAAGGAUUAGCAUUUGUGUGAUGAGAAAAAUAUUAAAAUGGUGACACCGGCUUCAUUGGACUGUGAACUUUGUCUUUGUCCUGAUAAUCUUGGAAAUAAGGAUGGGAAUUCUGGCAUGCCAUCAUCCUCACAGGAGCAAGCUGGUCCGCAGAUGCCUGUGAAAAAACCGACAAGACAAUGGGCUGCUUGGACCCGUCAGGAAGAAGAAAGCUUUUUUGCUGCAUUACGUCAAGUUGGCAAGAAUUUUGAGAAAAUCACUUCGCGUGUCCAGAGCAAAAACAAGGAUCAGGUCAGGCAUUACUACUAUCGACUUGUCAGGCGCAUGAACAAGUUGCUAGGCCCAGAACUUUGCCUUGAUGCCAAAGACUCAAAAGACACUAACACUGCAAUGCUUCGAUGGUGGUCAUUGUUGGAAAAAUACAGCUGUAAAGCUUCUAAGCUUCAUCUAAAACCUAGAAGAUUUAAGAUAUUUGUGGAGACUCUGGAGAACCAACUUUUGAGGGAUCGGAAAAAGAAUACUAAAAAACGACUGUCUACUGGAGAAAAUAACACUUCUGUACCAAACAUCACAAAUCAGGUCAGAGCAUCCGGGCAUGACAACCGUGCUGUAAAAGUGGUUCUUCUUGACAGCCAGAACAUUGAGAAAGUUGGAACUGGAAAGGGGUCUUUGUUUAAGCGGCAUGCCAAUAUAGGAAUGAGCCGUACCAACUGCAAAGGAGACCAAGCUGCUGUGAAGACGGUGAAACAUCGGCGGAAAAAUGGCCUUGCAUCAGUUGCUGCAUAUAAAAGAUGGGAGAAAGCUGCCAUUGCUGGAGUUUCAUUGGUGGCCGAUGCUGCUGAACAAUUGGAACGGGUGGAUACUGAUAAAGAGACUGAGUAUCAGGAAACACCAGGUCAAGGUAAUGCUCAACUUGUUGGUGAAAUGGCACGCUCUCUACAAACAUCUGCACGAAGCACGCUCAAUGAAGACAACAGUCAGAACCCUGCAAAGCUUAAGCUUCAGUUGUUUCCAAUUGAUGAACUUACUCAAAAAGACUUGGAGAGGAAUCAUCAUAACCCUUAUCUGGAGCUUACUUUGAGUACACGGAAGAAAAUAUCAUCUGUGGUGGAACAUCUCAAUCGCAAGUGGGGAAACUCAAGGUUGUUAGACUUAGAUCAAGAGCUAAUGCUUUUUCCUUACUGGGCACAGAAAGAAAACCUAGUGGGGUAUCAGAAGUGGACUAAGGAAUCUACUCUGUGUGCAACUGAUGUAUAUUACCUAAUUGGAAGCCCUCCAGUAUUCCGCCUCAGAUAUGGCUGGUUUUCAAAAGCCGAGAUUGAAUCUGCAACUGCUCAAGCACUUUCCUAUGCUAAAAUUGAUGGGGCAAGAAAGCAGAAUGCUGAAACUAAGAACCUAAGCAGUUCGUCUGAUUACCAGACUGCCUCUGUUGAACCAAUUAUCACUCUGACUCCCUCCGAAUCUACUCCAACUAUAACAGUUGCGUGUGAUAUCCCUGUAUCCUGUGUUAAUACAUCAAGAUACUCGGAUAGCACUGCAGUUGCAUUAUUACCUAGAAAUGCAAGUGGAGAUUUGAUACAUACUAGGCAAGUUGAGAACACGAAGGAUAUUCCCAUGUCUGCUGGGGAAUGGGCUGACAGUCUUACGAACAUAAGUAUGGGAGAGCUGCUAUCUGAGUCAACUCCAGACACAGAUGCUAACUGCAGUAAUUUUCCAGGAUCUCUAGGUUUAAAUUGUCAGCAGAUUCCAUUCAGUUGCGACUCUUUUGAUGCUGCAAUUGCUGCUCACAUUUUUAAACAUCAAACCAAAGUCCACCAGCAGGGCCUUGCAUCUCAUGCACCUUCCAUCUUUGAUUCUGAAGAAACACGAGAUGCCUUUUCUUUCCAGAAAACUAGUGCUUUCUUUCGUGAAAACCACAAUGCAAGUGUGAAUGGUUUCAAAGACACCUGUAAACAUCCUACUAUAACCAGACCUUCUGUAUCUCAAAGUGAAGUUGAGGAAUUGCCUGGAGCAGAGAUGGUGACUAAUAACCACACUUGUGAAGACCUCGUGGACGAAUGUGAAUCUGAUAAUCCUAUAGAAAACUCCACUAAGGAUUUCUCUGGGCUCACAGAUAUAUAUUGGCCCGACUCUUUAGGAGCAUUAGAGUUGGACAUACCCUCGUGUAGAUACCAAAGCAACGAUCUAAUUCUUAGCGAUAGCCUCGGUGGUUUGAACCGCCUGAUAGCUAACAGUCUGGACGCAUUCCAGAGCUGCUCUUUCUUUGGCUCGGAGAAGAAAGAAGGGCACGCGAGCAGCUCCGCUAGUCGUCUGAUUUCCAAGAGAGAAAAGGCUAUCAAGGAUGCUACUAGGCCCCUUAGACGGUGUAAGGCGUGCGAUGAGUUGUGCCAUCAUGACUCUAGAAAUUGUCCAAUGCUUAAAGAGCUUGAAAUGGAGAAUGAGCUGCGUAAGGGAAAGAGGAAAUGUUGA